UGUUCAUCCCAAGAGCAUUAGUAAUAUUAUAACUACUUACGAGUUAACAUCAUGUGCACAAAAAUUUUUCUUGUGUGUUCUACAAUAGUUUUAUUAUCAAGAACUGUUCGUGCGUUAUCUGUUAUCCUCGAUCCAGGAGACAAUCAGACAGUAAAGUGUUUAGAAAGAAAGUGCGUCCCAAAAUGUUGUGGAAGUGACCAAUAUUUGAGCAAUUUAACCUUCGUCGCGUGCUCCGACUACGAUCAAGUAUAUGACUAUUACAAUGUACCAGUUUACGAGAAAUUUACGAAUAAUCCACGUGUACUUCAUAAAAUAAAAGAAACGUUGGGUGAUAUAUUUUAUCUGGUGCCUGAUAAAUUGAAUGAUGAAAUAGCAGUAAACUUGACUUUUGGCGAAAAUUUUCCUUUCAUUGCCGAGACGUAUAAAUUGAAAUCAUUUCUGACCGAGACUGGUGAAUUGUACAUGGACUUUCCGAACGCCUACUUGCGAUGGCGUCCGGUAGAACACUUUUGUUUCGACUACGUGCUAGACGAUGAAACGGGGGAGGUGAAGCCCUCAUAUGUAUUGGUAUUUCUUGAACCCGGUACCGAAGUGGGCGUUCAAAGUUACUAUUACUAUUACUUGAUAAUAUCAUGCGUGUUUCUCGCGCUGGUACUCGUGGUCUAUAUCAUACUGCCCGAGCUACGGAACCUGGGCGGAAUGAUACUGAUGGCGUACACCUCCAGUUUGAUGAUGGGCUUCGUCCUACUGGCAGUGAUGCAAAGCAACAACAUAACAAAAUGUGUUGAGUUAACUGGCUCGAUAUAUUUUUUCUUGUUGGCAACUUUCUGCUGGAUGAACGUUAUGACGGUGGACAUAUGGUGGACUUUCCGUGGUUACGCGAAAGCGAGGCCUAUUCAUCGAAGAGGAGAACGCUUUAAGUUUUGCAUGUAUUGCCUCUACGCCUGGGGACUGCCUGGCGUAAUGACCAUCGGACUGAUUGAAGUUGACAGAGCGGAUUUGUCUGAAACGCCCUGGAUUAUCAAACCUCUGAUAAACAGAGCAGGGUGCUUUCUGCAAGAGGGACAGAAAAUGCUUUACUUGUAUAUGCCGAUUUUGAUACUGAUUCUUUGCAAUUGGCUGUUCUUCUUGAUGACGGCAUAUAACAUAAGACGGUUGAUGCGCGGAACUGCUGUACUGAAUUCAGCUGCCGCUGGCAACGCAGCCGCUCACCAGCAACAGAGAAACAGACUGAUGGUGUACCUGAAGCUGUCCGUAAUAAUGGGAAUAAAUUGGCUAUUGGAAGUUGUCAGCUAUUUCACUCCCAAACUACGAGCAUGGGAGAUCUCUGACACAUACAAUUUGCUCAUAGGAUUCGCGAUAUUCCUCAUAUUCGUCUGCAAAAAGAAAAUAUACAAAAAAUUAGUAGCAAGGUUUUAUGAGUUACACAGUACAUACUUCGGUGGAAAACGUCCAACGCGGACCUUGACCAAAAGCAGUACGAGCAGUAGCACCCUGGACUCGAAUAUUAGUCAAGAAAUACCAAUGCAAGUAUCCAGCAAUCCGAUGCCGGAGGAGAAACGGGACAGGAAGAACGAUUUCAAUAGAACAAAUUACAAAAUUAACAAUGACGACUUGAAGUGAUUUUUUUAUAAUAUAAGAAGAAAUGUAUUUGAUCUCUCAUGCAUUAUAUGUUUAAUAGCUUUAAUACAAUAGGCAUGAUGACAAAAUCGCCCUGAUGCUCGGAAGAAUUUACUAAGUAUAACCAAAAAAUAUGUCAUUUUUGCAGAAAUCAAAGGUUUUGUUGAUGUAAAUUGUAAAUUAUAUUUUCAAAAAUUAUUUCCAUCGGAAAUGCUCGCCGGGUGCCAUGGCCGUAAAUAAGAGAUUAUUCAGUUCUUUGAAAUAGCGAAAAAUUAUAGAUUAUAGAAUUAAUAACGAAAAACUUAGCAGUUGAUAGAUUGUCAUCGUUAGAUUUUGCAUUUAUUGAAAAUAAAUACCGGUCUCACUUUGAAUAUAAAUAAAAAUACGUUUUUUACAAUACAUUAGUCAUAAUUAUGUCAUUAGAUAAAUACAAUAUUUUAGCUAUUCUUACUUAUUGUCAUCUUGCCUAUUAAAUGCGAAAGUGUUUGUUGUCAUUUAUCUGGGACUGACGCGACGUGGCGGUGUAUGCUAUGUUCAAGGUCUACGAUUUUUGAGCAUUAUUGCGUGAGGCUAAUAGUACACAGCGUUUAAAAGUUUAAGUAUCUCUAAUUAAAGCAUAACUCUAAGCUAAACACUGACAUUUAAUAAAACUAUUUAUAAAAAUUUUCUUCUUCUAUCUUCUUGACACUUUUGCCGGGACUCCGAACUCUGGUGAUUUUAGUCCCGCCAUUUUCAAAAUUUUUAUAUAACCUUCCUCUUUGAGAUCUGGGUUCCUGCCGAUUUUGAAUGCUAACUCCAACAUAUAUCGACCACAGAUUAUGUAUAAUUUUGGCCACUUUGAACGAAGCUAAGCGAAGCGGAAGCUGAGCCAAUACGCGGUGAUAUGCAGAUUAACAACCAAUCACACUACGCGUAGGUUUAACAAGAGAUUAGUUUUGAUUGCAUGCAAGAUGCGUACGGUCUACGUUUUAUGUUUAAGUCGUGAUUAAUAUGUUUGGAAUAUAAGAGAAUCAGGGACCAGCAGAACUUUAUGUAUCUCGGAUAUAAAAUUAGUUUGAAGCUUCCAACAUGGGUUACCAUGUUAAAAAUCUAUCCAAACCGUGUAGGACUCAUAAGUCAACAUCUCUUGAGAAUGCUUCGGUGUCUCGGAGCGUAUAACUUUUAAACAUCUGUUUGGUGUGGGGUAUUAUGAUUGAAGAAAUUAUAAGCUGAACCGUACUAACUUCGUGCUUGAUUAAUGUAGGUACAUUGUAUAAAAUGGAAUUCCUCGAAGGUACGCCUGACUUAAAAAUAAUAAUAGCUACUAUUGUAAUAAAUUAAGAAUUUGCUAUUUGAUAAGUGACCUGUUGAUGAGCUAGAUGACCUACCCUACUGACAACAAUGUUACCGCCACUAACAAAGCCUUCUUUUUAAAUUAAUUCGAAGUCUUAAUUUGCAUACAAAAUUAUCAAUUAAUUUAUAUUUCGGCUGUUCCUUUUGGUUUCAAACAUAACAAAAUAAGAAAAUGAAAAUCUAUCUA